AUGUCCAACGCAAAUUUGACCCAGGGCUCUGGGAAGAGAAGGCCAGAUACGAACCGCUCAGAAAACGCACAACCAACAAAACGAACUCGAAGCGACGAUGUUCAGAUCCAGACCUUCGCACUUGGAGCUCCCCACGAAUCUAUCAUCGCUGAGCUAAAGCCCAAGUACGAUGUGCUUCCUGCUUCGGUCAUAUCAUCGACGCAGAUCAAAAAGCGUGUUACGCAUGUCGCCAAUCACUUGCUAGCACAAGGCGACCGUCCGCAAAUAGCUUUGUUGUAUGCGCGCACAGCCGAUGUUUGCAAACUCAUUACCGUGGUGGAAAAAUGCAAACAAGUUUUGAGCGAGGAAGGGAAGCAAUACUAUCAGUACAACCAACUUUUCGAUCAGCCAGAGAAGCCGAGGCGGAAGGACAUUGUUGAGGAGACAAUACUCGAAAAGGGUACAAUGGACGAGGGAGGCGAUGAUUCCGGCAGCGAGGAUUUCGAAGUCAUGCACAGCCGAUUCGAAGACGCCGUGCUGCCUCGUCCUUCCCAAAGAAUCAUUAAGUCAAUGAGGGUUUUCCUCUCGAUCGUCCCUAUACCGGAAUUGAAGUUAAAGAAAGGCGUCACAGUCCAAUCAGGAACAGCAAAACACACUUGA